AUGUUACUUCUUCAACUUCCAAAAAAAGAUCUUAACGCAAGGGAAAAUAUGGACGAAAUUGAAUUUAUACCUAUAUUGGAAAAAAUUAAUCCAACAGAAGCUGAAAAAUUUAUAAGUGAAACUAUGAGAUUUUUAUAUGAACAAGAACGCGAAUUUGGUGAAGUUAGCGAAGAAUUAAAGGUUUUAAGGAAAUUACAUAAACGAGUUAAGCUACUAAUUGUACAAAAUUUAAAGCAAGUUAAUUUUCAUUACUUUAAUAUUAACGAUACAAUUGAAUAG